AUGUUUGCUCGUAUCUCUUUCACUGCUCUCCUGGCUCUACCUCUCCUUGCGACCGCCACUAUCCUUCCCCGUGGCGGUGGCGACGGUGCCGCUUGCACCGCGACUGGUACUGCGCAGUGCUGUGAUUCUACCCAGAGCCCCACCGACUUGAGUGCCCCCGUUGCAACUCUCUUGGGCCUCCUCGGAGUUGUCGUCGGUCAACUCACUGGCAAUGUCGGUGUGUCCUGCAGCCCCAUCACCGUCAUUGGUGUUGGCGGAACCCAGUGCAACAAUCAAGUCGUCUGUUGCAAUGACAACAACUUUAACGGCCUUGUUUCUCUCGGCUGCACCCCCCUCAACAUCGGCCUCUAA